CCUGGUGGACAUACCUACUGGCUCAUGAAAGCUGAGCCUGAGUCCCGCAUUGAUAAAGGCAAGGAUGUCAAGUUCUCUAUCGACGAUCUCGCUGCCGCAACGGAGCCGGAGGCUUGGGACGGUGUGCGCAAUCACGUCGCAAAGAACAACAUGAAGGCCAUGAAGAAGGGUGAUCUGGCUUUCUUCUACCAUUCCAACUGCAAAGACCCUGGUAUCGUUGGCAUUAUGGAAAUCAUGGAGGAAGCCCAGCCCGACGAGAGCGCCUUCGAUCCGGACCACCCCUAUUACGACGAGAAGUCAAGCCGCGACAACCCGGUAUGGUACUGUGUCAAGGUCGGAUUCCGCAGCAAGUUUAGCGAUCCACAAAGUGUCAAUUUGCGCACGAUUAGGUCGCUGGCUGGUGAGGGUGGAAUGCUGACCGACAUACAGCUCGUCAAGCUGGCUCGCUUGAGCGUCACUAAGGUUAGCAAGAAGGAAUGGGACUUUAUUCUUAAGGUUGCUGGCGAG